UUGGAUAUAGAAGUAUUACCGCGAGCAGUGCACAACUAAUGCGUUACAUUUCCAGGGCAUUCGCUUUCCCAGCAGCACAAACUGGAAGGCAAAACUACAGCUACAUUCCGUUCGCUUUUAUGAACCACGCUGCUACAUUUCUACGCAUUUUAGCUGUCCGGCGUACAGUUCAAAUCUUUAACAUGUGUUCUGCUGUUCAUGAAAACGUGAAGAACUACUAUGGCUCUCGGCUGGAGACUUCAGAUGACUUACAGACCAAUGCUGCGUGUGUCAUGCCCUCCAGACCUCUGCCCAAAAGCGCAUGCGAGGCCCUAAAACAAGUCCACCCAGAUGUUUGCAAGAGGUAUUUUGGCUGUGGGCUGGUGAUUCCAGAAAAACUGGAAGGAUGCACGGUUCUUGAUCUGGGCAGUGGAUCGGGCAGAGACUGCUUCGUCCUCAGCAAACUGGUGGGGGAGAGAGGUCAAGUCAUCGGACUGGAUAUGACGGAUGAGAUGAUAGUUGCUUCACAAAAAUAUGCCCAGUACCAUCAGGAGAAGUUUGAAUACUCAAAACCAAACACUGUGUUUGUGAAAGGAUACAUGGAGAAGCUCAGCGAUGCAGGGAUACAGAACAGCUCUUUGGACGUAGUUGUGUCAAACUGUGUGAUAUGUCUGUGCCCAGAUAAGAGGACCGUGAUAAGUGAAGCUUACAGAGUUCUGAAGGAAGGUGGAGAGUUGUACUAUAGUGACAUGUAUGCAAGCGAAGUAGUUCCAGACUCUUUCAAGGAAGAUCCAGUUCUGUGGGGUGAAGGAAUGGCCGGCGCCCUCUACUGGCAGGAUCUCAUCUCUUUAAUAAAGGACACAGGCUUCAGCACUCCUCACCUGGUUGCAGGCAGUCACAUAGUGGUUCACAACCCAGAACUUCAAAGAAAGACUGGUGAUGUUAAAUACGCAUCUGGAACUUACCGGAUCUUUAAACUCCCUCAAAACUCCAUCGAGACCAGAGCGCUGGUGACCUAUAAAGGCACUGUGCCUGACUGUGCUGAACGUUUUGAGUUUGAUGCCUCUCAUUCCUUUAAGACAAAUGUCCCAGUGGAGGUGGGUGCAGAAAUGGCUGCCGUUCUCCAGAACAGCCGUUUCUCUACGGAUUUUAGUAUUACAAUGUUAGACACUCCAGAUCCAAACCAGAGCAGUACUCCAAAGUAUUGCCACCUUAGCCCGUUCCUUCUUGCGGAUAAACUGGGCUCCUCAGUCAAACAGUGCUCCAAGACUGGACUCUAAGGUAAAUGUGGAGAGUCCGGUGGAUCAUGUGAUGACUGGAUCACUUGAGAUGAUGUGAUGGGAAGUGAGAGUAUAGGAUGUCUUUAGUUCUCAAGUGAUCAAGUUUUCUUUGAACUUGAGAAAGCUGUUUGUCGUGUUAAUUGUAGAAUAACUUUUUUAAAAUACCAGGGUCC